CAAUUCCUGGAAUUUAGAAGGGAAUUUUUUUUAUAGAAGAAAUGCGAGAAUAAAGAAAGCAUGGUGAUACAAUGUGAUUUUCAUACUUUUUUCAUUUUACUGUGAAUUACUUCUAAAUUAUUCGAAUCUCCAAGUUUCCAUUGUUCUUAAUAUUCAAAUUAAUUUAUUGUUUCGACUCUUCUGAAUUAAAGGUUAAAAUUCCGGUUAUUAGUGUUUUGAAAUACAAAAAUAAAAGUUGUCGAGUUAAAACGUGCUCUGUUUAUCUGUAUAAAAAGUUAAACAUUUAUUUUAACUUUUUUAAAUACUUUAAAGUAAGUGAUUAUCGUAAAAUUCAUUUUAUAAUAAUCUUAACAGCAGUCGUUUGCUAAACGUUAGCGACAACAUUUAUAAUCAAUGAGUUGUUGAAAAUUUAUAUAGAAAUAUCAAAAUGCCGGCUUAAUUGCGUCAUAAUUUCCUCUGUAAUAUUUACAGUGAUCAAAUUUUUUGUUAAAUUUAUUAACAUUUUCCAAAAAGACAGUGAUUAUUAGAUUGAAAAAAAUGGAACCAACCAGUACUGUAGAUUCUGAGGAAUCAGGAAAAAAAAUAAAUAAUAUGUGCAACUUGUCUUGGUUAAAACAUAAUGCAAAAUCAUCACCAGAAAUUCAAGAUUUAAAUGAAACACCAGAAACUUCGAAAAAAACAAAAAAUGGAAAGAAACAAAAGCAAAAAAAAUCGAAAACGGAAUCCGCUCCAUGUGUAUCCAAGGAUGUAAAUUCAAUAAUUUCAGAUGUUGACAAUGAACAGAAUUCCAAAAAUCAAGAAAAACAAAAGUCAACAGUUUUGCCAAUUACCGCGAUAACAGUUGCAAAUCCACCUACAGUUUGGAAUUCAAAUACUGAUACAGCUGGUACUUUAUUUCCUGAUGCACAACUUCAACAAGUUGAACUCGAAGAGAGCCUUCAAUUAAGUAAAGCAUUGGAAGAGAGUAUUAUAACAGCUCAAUUGGAAAAAUUUAGAUUAACACCUGAAAAGAAUAAAAUAAAUUGGGCCGACGACUCUGAGGAACAAGGAUGGGGAGCUGUUGGUAAAAAUUUACCAGAGCCAUCCGACGUCACUAAUAAUAAAGAAUGUGAAAUAAAAAUUGAAAAAAAGCCACACGACGAUAACAACAAUAGUAACAAUAAAUUGAUUAAUGAACAAAAUGUGAAGAGAAUUGAUAAAUAUGGAAGAGUUGAUGGUUAUGCUGAACGACAUCUUUUUAUGGGUAGAGGAGCAAGAAUACGAGAAGAACAUUUUAUUAAUCAACACACCGAUAGAAACAUGGGUGAACGUAAUCAAGAUCAGAGAAAUUUUCGUGAAAGAAAUUUUAAUUCAUUCUCUAAUAGAAAUAGAAAUUAUAGGGAUUUCAAUGAGAAAAAUUCAUAUGAUCAAAGAUAUCAAAUUGUUGAAAGAAAUUCAAAUGAUAAUAGAUCUUCAAAUUCAGAUGAUAAAAGAGAGUAUAGAAAUAAAAAUUUUUAUCCUUUCAAUCAACGCGAUAAUCAUUAUCAAUCUUAUCGUCGUGAUGAUCAAUUUCAUCAACGGGAUAAUCAUUUUCAACGUGAAAAUCAAUUUCAUCAUCAGCGCAAUAAUCAAUUUUAUCAGCGCGAUAAUCAAUCUUAUCAUCGUGAUAAUCAAUCUUAUCAACGUGAUACUCGUUCAAGAUACAAUUAUCAAAGAAAUGAAAAUCACUCCUAUGAAAAUAAUUCAAAAAGAUAUGGAAAUUCACAAAAAUACGAUAAUCAACAUUCUGAAUUUCAAUAUUCAAAUAAAGAUCAGAAUUUAGAAUUUUCUCAAGAGAAGGAAUUGGAACCAAUAAAUGUUGACGAGGACAAUAAAGAAUCAACUCCGGAAUUACAAUCAAAUGAAAAUUCAAUUCUUGAAAAAAAUGAUUCUGCAAAGGAAGAAAUGGAAAAACCUAUUGAACCAAUAGAGAUAAAUACUUGCACGAGUAGUUCCACUUUAGAUAAUGAAAGUUCAUCAUUGGUUUUUAUGCAAAAAAGUUUUAAAGACGAUGAUGACAGUGAUAAAGAUCACGCUUCUGAAACCUUAUCAGAGAAAAGUGAAGAUGAUCCAAUUGUAUCAAGUAAUCCAUAUUUGAAUAACGUUCCACAAAUACCGUUUCAAAUGAUUCAUCAACCUGGAAUUAUAACAAAUGAACAAGGCAAUAUGCAAAUUUCCAAUGAAAUGGGCUUUAAAUUAGUUGCAAAUCCAUUUAUGACAAUUCCAGUUUCCAAUACAUCGCAACAACAUUUACCCACUGAAAGUGGAUGUUCCCUUCCAAUACAAAAUUUAGACAUGAGAUUCUUUCAACAUCCAGUUUUACAUAAUCCAGGAAAUCCAUAUAUUCCCAUGAUGAAUUAUCCAAUGGGAAUGCCAAUUCAUUCGUGUCAAAUGUCUCAAGUACCAGUUGGAAAUAUCCAGGGAAUCAAUUACAUGCAUCAACAACCAAUUAACUGCCAACAAUGUCCGCCACAUUUUUGUCCUUCACAACGAAUGCCAAUGCAAAAUAUAAAUUGUCAAAAUCCCAUUUAUCCAGCACAAUUUGUCACUCCAAUCACAUCGGUUCCAUUGCCAAUGGCUCCAAUCAGUCCCGAACAAAUUCAAUCCAUACGACAUCCACUUUCAGGAAAAAUUUCUGAAAAUAUGACAACAACACCAGUUACAGAAAUUGGCAAAUCAGUGAGUAAUCUCGUCACACUUUGUGAAAGUAUUCCAUCGCGAAGAAUUGGAUUAUCAAAUUGUCCACCAGGAUUUGAAAAUACAAUUUAUGCAAAGGAAAUGCAAAAAAAAAUUAUCUACAACAAGGAACAAGAAUUGCCAACAUUUCGCAAUAAUUCAAAACAAAUGUCUGCUCAACAAACAUCAAAGAAGACUGAACAAUUCACAGUUAAGAGUCUAAAUAAUAUGUACCAACUAAUUAGACAUAAACAGGUUAAUAAUUCAUUGAAAGAAGAAGAAGAUAAAUUACUUCAUCAAAAUAAUACAAUAAAAUUCACCGAGGGUUCAUAUAAUGAACGUCUUUUUUCAUCUUAUGAAGAUAAUAAAACAACAAAAUUAAAUACUCAAGCACCGAGACCAGGAUUUCGAAUUGGUGUUGGCCGUGGAAAAAAACUAGGUCCAACCACUUAGGUCAGGUACCAUUUUUCUUUUUUAUCAUAUAUAUAUUUUUUUUGCAUAUAGAAUAUGAAUUAUUCAAAAAAAAAAAAAAAAAAAACAGCUGUGUUUAGAUUUUAGUUUUGUUUCACCAAUACAUAGUCUUGUUUCUCAGGUCCAGGUGAAACUAGUUAAGACAAUUUUUUUUAUUUUUAUAUUUUUUUCACCUUUAUCCUUAUUUUUUUUUUUUUAUAAAACAAAACUUGUGAUUAUUAGUUCUACUUUUUCUUUUUUUUUCUAGUUGUAAUUACAACAAUUAUAUUUCGAAUAAGUAAAAUACAAAAAAAAAGUAAAUUCUCGAAAGAAACAUAUAUAUUUAUUUUACAUAAGUUUCUUUCGUGAUUAAGCGGCAAAUUAAAAGAAACAAGUUAAUUCAAUUGCUGCAGAGACAAUUUUGUUUUCUUACAUUUAAGUAGAGUUCAAAGAAAUUAAAAGACUAAAAAUUUUUAUAAAGUACUUUUUAUCUUGUCACUUAUUACUAUUUUUAUAUUAAUAAUAAUAAUAAUAAUAAUUAAUAAUUCAGAUACCUCUUAACGUGGCUAUUUAUAUUUUUUUCUCUCACUUUUCCAAAGGAUAAUUAAAAUUAAAUUAUUUGAAAGACUAUUAAUUGCUUUCAAGGAAAUUCAUUUUAAAAGGGAAUCUUUAAAUAAGAAAAUUAUGAAAUUUAAUUCUGGAAAAUUAUUUAAAAAUCAUAUAAUUAUGAAAUAAUUUCAGCUAAAUAUUAAUAUUUUCAAAAACAUUAAAAUUUUGGUUUAUUAUAAAAAAAAUUUUCAACGUUUUAUGAAUAAAAAUAUUAUUAACGAUCAAAUUAAAAUAUUUUAUAAUCUCUUAAGAAUCCCUGAUAUUAUUUUCCAAAUAAAAAGAAAUGAGAUUGAAACAUUUCUUAUGUGAUAAUUUAUAAAAAAAAAAAAAAAAAAAAAAUCAUUUUUUUUAUUUAUUAAUUUUUUUUUUAAAUCUAUUUGAUUUCGAAAUAUUGGAAAAUAAAUAAAAAUAUAAAUAGCUUCGUCCUGAUUUGGAAUGUGCCCUAAAUUAUAAAAAAGGGCAAUAACUACUGUAAAUAUAUAUAAAAAUGUAUUUUCUGAACUUUCCAAAGAAAAUGUUUAGAAAAUCUUUAUAUUUAAGUAUUUUUAGCACAUUAAUAUAAUAUACACUGUUUACUUAUAAAUAGAGAUUAUAAAAAAAAGAAAACAGACAGAAUUUAAAAAGUCAAGUGUAUAAGUUUAAAAACUGCAUUUCAAGUAAAAAAAAAAAAAAAUGUAGCGUGCUAAAUGAACUGAUUAUACUUAUUUUCUUAUAAUAUUGAUGAUUUUUGUUCUACUUACAUUUAUAAAUCUAAAAAAAAAAGUAUUAUGUUUCUAUAAAAUAAUAUAAAAAUAUUAA